AUGUCCGGUCCAGCGACCCCCAGAAAGACCCGCUGCACCUUCCCCAACUGCCCUCGCCUCUUCGAUUCAGUCGAGGAGAUGAAGAGACACAAACGCUUCACUCCCGAACACGAGUACUGCAGCCGCUGUGAUGAGGACUUCCAGGACGAGCAGCGGCUCCUCAUCCACAAGAUCAAGAGCAACAAGCAUAUCGUCUGUCCCAUCUGCGGCAUUGAUUUUCGAAGCGAGGGGGGCCGCGAUGUGCAUAUUCGCCAGAACCACCGCGCCGAACAAAACCUCGAAUGCUACGGCUGCAAAGCUCACUUCAAAAGCGCUAGCAGCAUGAUGCGCCACAUCGAAGACGACGAGUGUCCCGGCAUCACCAGAGCCCGCCUCCUGCAGGAGAAGUCCAAGAAGCUCAUCAUCAAACAGGCCCUUAAAGUCGGCGAGGGCUCGCCCAUGCCCAUCAUCCCCGGCCCGAGCGACAACGACGACAUCGACGGUGGCGUCAAGGUCGAUCCAAACCCGCUCGAGUACGACAACCGCGAGGCGAUGGCCCACCAGCCCAAGCUGGGCGAGCACGACCCCACCGCCAGCGUCUCCGCCAUGCUGGCGCUGAAGCACUGGCCCCAGCCACCAGGACGGGCCCGCGCGGCGGUUGGUGCCGUGCCUGUGGAGCUGAUGGCGUUCUCAGAACUCGCGAUUGUGAAUGGGACUCGGGCGCAGGGGUGGAAGGGCAAGGAGCCGCUCCGGGCGAUCCAGGAGUCGGCGGAACAGGAGGAAAAUCAAGGUCAUCGUCCGUUUGGCGUGGCAGCAACCUUCGAUGCGGGCCAGACGCUGCGAACGCUCCAGAGUAACUGGGAUGCGACCAAUUUCUUCAACUCGUACAGCGGCGAGUACGUCUGUCCUUGCGGGGCACGGUUCAACACCAUGAAGGAGUUUGAGGAGCAUAUGAUCAUGAAGAGUCAGGGAGGGAGAGGCAUGCAGUGUCCUGGAUGCCAGAAAUUCUUCAAGACCACUGCCGCUCUGGUGGCCCAUUGCGAGUCGGCCAGUACCCGCUGCUAUAUUAACGACAACCAUCAGUUCGGCCAGAUCAUCGACGAGAUGACCGGCGGAUUGAUCCAGGCGGCUGGUUAUAAUCCCGAUGGAACUGUCAAGUAUGAAGCCGGCAAGCUGGACUUGACCAAUGCCACCACAAUCGGCGUCGACGCCAGCAAGUUCAAACGGUAA